UGAGAGUUCUUCUAGGCUUCACUCUCAGAGACAAACAAAAUUCAUUGAUUGAUUCAAUAAAAUGAAGCUUUCCGGGAUCAAUCAUGAAUCAAUAAUUUCAUCUUCCUUCUCAAAACCCCACAAAACCCAUACACUAUCUUCUUCAUUCUCAUCAGCUAAAGUUACAAAUUUCAAAACUUUGCCAUCUUUCCAGAAACUAUCCACCCAUUCACAUCAGUCUGUAAAGAAAGUUUUCAUCUUUAAUCCAAAAUCUUCUAUUGGAGGAGAAACCAGCAAGUCUGGCACUUCAAAAACUCCUGCGCAAUUACUUAGAAAUCUUUUGGAAUCACCGGGGGUUCAUCAAGGUCCUGCUUGUUAUGAUGGUCUUAGUGCAAAAUUAGUUGAAAAGGCGGGUUUUGAUUUCUGUUUCACUAGUGGAUUUUCAAUUUCAGCUGCUAGAUUGGGGUUACCAGAUGUUGGUCUAAUUUCAUAUGGAGAAAUGGUUGAUCAAGGUCGUCAAAUUACUGAAGCUGUAUCAAUACCUGUAAUUGGUGAUGGAGACAAUGGGUAUGGAAAUGGAAUGAAUGUCAAAAGAACUGUUAAAGGGUUCAUUAAAGCUGGUUUUGCUGGAAUUAUUAUUGAAGAUCAGGUAUCUCCAAAAGCUUGUGGUCAUACCCAAGGUAGAAAGGUGGUUUCGAGGGAGGAGGCAGUGAUGCGGAUAAAAGCAGCUAUUGAUGCGAGGAGGGAGAGUGGUUCGGACAUUGUUAUUGUAGCACGGACUGAUUCACGUCAAGCUGUGUCUUUUGAGGAAGCGUUAUGGAGAUCACGAGCUUUUGCGGAUGCUGGAGCUGACGUUCUUUUUGUUGAUGCACUUGCUUCGAGGGAAGAAAUGAGGGGUUUCUGUGAGGUCUAUCCUCUAGUACCAAAGAUGGCCAAUAUGCUUGAAGGAGGCGGGAAAACUCCAAUAUUAAACCCCACCGAGCUUGAACAAAUGGGAUUCAAAAUUGUGGCCUAUCCAUUGUCCUUGAUUGGGGUCUCUGUUCGAGCGAUGCAGGACGCUUUAACUGCUAUUAAAGGUGGUCGCCUUCCUCCCCCUGGAAGCUUGCCAUCUUUUGAAGAACUCAAGGAAACCUUAGGGUUCAAUGCAUACUACGAGGAAGAGAAAGUGUAUGCUACCCGCGACAGUCAAUCAUUUUCGCAGAGAGCAAGCAUCGACAUAUACGGUAACCAGGAGAGAACAAAAGAUGCUAAUGAAGAAAGAGAUCAAAGUGAACAAGAUAAUGUUGUUGAAGUGGUAACACCUGAAGUGUACUAUGGUGCAGAUGGCUCAAAAGGUCGUUUCUCCGGGAUCUGGUCCCGCCAAUUAAGAGUCAAGGUCACUGGAAAGGAUGGAUCUGAGAAACUCGAAAUCCGAAUUCCUGCUGGAUUCUUAGACGGAAUAACUAAUGUAGUUCCAGCUUUGGGUGGUGUAAAUAUUAAAUCGCUAUUGGAUGAUGCAGCAGGAGAACCAGGAGGGAAGAAAUUGUUGGACUUCAAUGACACCAUGGGUGACAGAAUCCAGGUCUUUCUAGAGUAACUUCCAAACACACUGAAGAAUUCACCGUACCCUGAUAUACUGGAAUUGGAAGAAAACAAAUACUGUAGGAUACAUGAAUCAGUGGCAGUUUUAACAUAUAAAAUGUGAUUCCAUAUGUUACAAAUCAUUUACUUUCUCAAUCGGAACUCUGUAUCAGAUGUCAUAAGAAAAUGAAGUUUUGUCAUGUGGGAGGUGGUGGUGAAUCCUUUCCAUGAUCC